AGGCACGACUUGCCUCUGAAUCAGCCCCUCAUCACAGAAUGAUGUGGCAGCCUUCAGUGAUGAAGAACAGCCCCCCUCACCGAGUCGUGAUGAGGUGAACCGGCGGGGAGAGAGAGAGAGCGAGAGAGAGAGAGAAAGAGCGAGCAAGCAUCAGCACCGACUGAGACUCAUCCCCUCGUCCCCCCACUGACGCCCACACUUCCGGACUGGACCCUCUGGAGGCGGCUGGGUCGGGAUGCAUGCGUCUCCCAGUGCUGCUUGAGAUGUGGAUAAGACGACGACGGUGAAAAGGCGACGUGCUCGUUACCUUCCAUUAAACCUCCUCGCUGCAGAUCUGAACGCUGAACUGAUCAAUUAUCGGCGGCUAACUCGCCCAUCACUCACAGGGGGGAUUCAGGCUUUGGCCACACUGUCUGUCUGCCGUCAACUGUUGCUUAUUUCCUCUGUAAAUGAAUCUUGUAAGGUAUAUGAACAAUCGUGUUCCUCCUAACAAGAGAUACCAGCCCACCGAAUAUGAGCAUGCUGCCAAUUGUGCCACGCAUGCGUUGUGGAUAAUCCCCAGCCUGCUGGGAAGCUCAGUGUUGCACUUCCAGUCAGAGGACCAAUGGGAACGGCUGUCAGCCUGGGUGUAUGGGGCGGGGCUCAGCUCGCUCUUCAUCAUCUCCACCCUCUUCCACACUGUGGCCUGGAAGAAGAGCCACCUACGGUCUGUGGAGCAAUGUUUUCACAUGUGUGACAGGAUGGUGAUCUAUUUCUUCAUCGCUGCCUCCUACGCCCCUUGGCUAAACCUGCGAGAGCUGGGUCCCUGGGCGUGUCACAUGCGCUGGUUAGUUUGGGUCAUGGCGUCUUUUGGAACCACCUACGUCUUCUUCUUCCAUGAGAGGUAUAAGCUCAUGGAGUUGAUCUGCUACACAGUGAUGGGAGUUUUUCCUGCCCUGGUCAUCCUCUCAAUGCCGGAGCAGUCCGGGUUGUGUGAGCUGCUGGUCGGCGGGGCCUGCUACUGUUUGGGGAUAGUCUUCUUCAAAAGUGACGGCAUUGUCCCAUUUGCUCACGCUAUUUGGCACAUGUUUGUAGCUAUGGGAGCGGCCAUACAUUACUACGCCAUCUGGAAGUACCUCUACGCCCAGCCACCCACCCAUCAGGUCCACACCUCCAGAUGACAUCAGCACUGACCUCACAGGAAGUAACUCCUGUUUUUGAGCGGAUUCGAGGAGAUGAUCCUAGCUGUGCCCACAUUC